UAAGGAACUAGGAAUUAGUUGGGUCGACAGCUUGUAAUUUGUAAGCACGUAAAGCGAGUAAAUAGAAUAAUUCACAGAAUAAGAUAUAGGUAUAUUUUUCUUCAUGAAGCAGAAUGGGCUACGCAUUCAUGCAAAACUGACAUAACGCCAUACUUAAAAUGUGCCAAAAAUGAAUAAAGCCAGCAGAUGCAAAUAAACAUGUAAAAAUGUCUGAAAAAGAAGAAACGCAAGAAAAAAAAAGCUCCCACAGGACCGAGCUUUAUAUUGAGGUUCCUCCAACAUGCCUACCGAUCGUCUACUCCCCGGAGUACAACAUCACCUUUAUGGGUCUUGAGAAGCUGCAUCCAUUUGAUGCUGGGAAAUGGGGGAAGGUCAUUCACUUUCUCAAAGAGGAGCAGUUUAUUACGGAUGGAAACAUUGUGGAAGCCCGGGAAGCGACCGAAGAAGACCUUCUUGUCGUUCACACGAAACGCUACCUGAACAAACUGAAGUGGUCUGUGGUGGUGGCCACCAUCACUGAAAUCCCUCCCCUUCUCUUCCUGCCCAACUUCCUGGUUCAGAGGAAGGUCCUGAGGCCCCUACGCACACAGACAGGGGGGACGAUCAUGGCUGGAAAGCUGGCCAUAGAUCGAGGAUGGGCCAUAAACGUGGGAGGAGGCUUCCACCACUGCUCCAGCGACAAGGGAGGGGGCUUCUGCGCCUACGCGGACAUCUCACUCGCCAUCAAGUUUCUGUUUGAGAGGGUGGAGGGAGUCUCCAAGGCAACCAUCAUCGACCUCGAUGCUCAUCAGGGAAAUGGACACGAGCGAGACUUCCUGGAAGACAGAAGAGUCUAUAUAAUGGAUGUGUACAACCGUUAUAUAUAUCCCGGGGAUGGCUAUGCCAAGCGGGCCAUAAAGAGGAAGGUGGAGUUGGACUGGGGGACGGAGGACCAGGAGUACCUGCAGAAGGUGGAGCUUCACUCGGAGGGCGCGCUGAACGAGGCCCGCCCUGACAUCAUCGUCUACAACGCCGGGACGGACAUCCUGGACGGCGACCCCCUGGGGGGGCUGGCCAUCUCCCCACAGGGCAUCGUGAAGAGGGACGAGAUCGUGUUCAGGGCAGCCCGGCGGAGAGGGAUUCCCAUCCUCAUGGUGACGUCCGGGGGCUACCAGAAGACGACAGCGCGCAUCAUCGCCGACUCCAUCAUCAACCUGCGCCGGCAGGGCCUGGUGGGGCCCGGGGCCUCGGAGGAGGCAGGGCCCUCGCUCGUGCCCCUGCUGAUGAACAAGUCGGUGUCGGCGGGGGAACCCCUGUCCGCCCUCGGAACCCGGCCUCAGGUUUGAGGCCCGUCCACACCAAGAACCGUAACUAUAACGAUGAUGAGGCCACACUGCAACUAUUACGUCAACGACAGUGACGAACGAUAUCGUUGGGAUCAGCGGUCUGUAGUGUACUGGUUAAGGUACAUGAUUGGGACCUGCAAGGUGUAGCCGCAGGUCCCACCGAUUCCCGGUGUAGCCGCAAUAAGAUCCGCACAGCCGUUGGGCCCUUGAGCAAGGCCCUUAAGCCUGCAUUGCUCCAGGGGAGGAUUGUCUCCUGCUUAGUCUAAUCAACUGUUUGUCGCUCUUGAUAAGAGCAUCUGCCAAAUGCCAAUAAUGUAAUGUAAUGGAUUAUUUUCAGAGCUAUUUUUACAAGCUCCAUGAGCGGUAAAACUGACAGCCAAUCAAAAUCCAUCCAAAUUUACUGGGCGUCACAUGCAAAAUGUAAGAUGACAUAGCCGGGUGAUUAUUUACAAAGUUAUCGUUCGUCAGUGCGGAUGCUCACAUCGUUAUGGUUACAGUUAUGGGUAUAGCCGUAGUUCUUGGUGUACACUGGCCUUUAUACAGUACUCACAGAGGAGUGGUCCUCCCUGUGGGGUUGUUGUAUAUGUACAGAAUACAGCAUACCCCUCCCACUCCCGCUUUCUGUAGUACGGUGAAUCAGUGCUGUGGUGGCUCACUCAUGAUCUGUGGCAGCCUUGGCUAUUAAAAGCAGCAGGAGAAAGUGACCACCACACCACUUUAAACUUUUAACAUUAACCAACCGUAAAAAGGGGAUUUAAUACUAUUCUUUUUUUUAACCGUGUUGGGUUUUAUGUUCCAUAAAAAGAACAGCUUGUUUGUGCACUUUAUAGUUACUUUUAAAAAAUAGGUUUGUAAGAUAAUGAAUAGUGUCAGUGUGAAUGAUAGAAAGGGUACUCAACAAUUAUUCAACAAUAAUUUGCAUUUUACACCACGUAAUCUGUGCCACUUUUACAUGUUGAUAAAUGGUAUCUUCAGUUGUUCUUGAUAUAUAAUUGAUUCGCAUUAUUCAUUCUCUAAGGGUUUUUGGGUAAUGAGAUGGUUUUUGAAACUAAUUCACUCAAAUUGUCUUGAAAUAAUUACGCCUUAGUUCAAACAUUAUGGUUCGUUAAUUCAUAUGAACACAAUUUAACGUGAGGUAUUCUUUUUUGCGAAAUGACAUUGGAACUAACUUCUGAAUAUAGACACCUGAUGAAAAUAAUGUGGGUCUGUCACAGUUGAAACUAUGCGCUUUAUGCCAGCCGCAUUGUUUUAAAAGGAACUUAUACGCUGCCUUUGUUCAUAAUUCCAUUUGAAAGCAUGAGAUUGAAUUCUUCAGUUUCAAUAACUGCACUGAAAACACGGAGCUUUUCUCAAGGUAUUGGAUUGAACUUUAAACCUGAAAUAAGCUUGAGUAAUGGAAAGUUAAAUUAAGAUUCAUGAGCUAAUGUUGCCCAGGCAGAUGAUUGCAUUGAACGCCCUGGUUAUUCAUGUUUAUGCGGGGUUUUUUUCUUGUUUUUUCCUCCACUUUGUAACACUACUGCAGUUCACUUUUUAAAAAUGGCAGCUUUUGAAGUAAACACAGUUGUUUCACAGCUUUCUUAUGAGAUACAGUUAAUCAAAGUUAAUAAGAGAGUGCUGCUUGGUGCGUGUCUGCUGUUUUGGAAACCCGUUUUAGAAGCACUUUGUAAUUUGCACUGACAUUCUUUAAGCCUUGUCUUGAGUUUGGCACCGAGUUAACCGUUUAUACUGAUGGUCGGAAUGUUAGUGGACAAAGGCAGCAUUUGUGAAUAAUACAGCAAACAGAUUUUAUGCUGUAACUGCCAUUAGCUUAACUUCUUAAUUACUGAUUUUUCAAACACACGUUGAUUCUGUCUCAUGCAGUAUGCUAAUCAAGUUUUGGUUUUGAUCUGUCAUGUGAAGCAGAUGAAAAGGGAAAACAAAUCCUUGUUUUUUCUCCUUGAUGUCGGUAUGGUAGUUGGCCCUAGAAUAAUGUGAAGCUCUUAAGCCAUUUUCACUAUGGCCUUAUAGUACUGUGUUUUAAUUUCUCCUAACUGCACUUACUGUUGUUUGUGGCAAAAUGGACCCUAUUAAAUAUGGAAAUCUGCACUUUUUUUCUGUAGGUAGGAAAUUGUCUUUUCUGUACAGAAGUAGAACCUACCACGUGCCUCCUUUUUGUUACUUUAGUACAGUUUUACAGGUAUUAAGAUUACUUCCCUGCUUUCAUUAUUGUUUUCCCCUUAAGUUGUGCUUCAAGGAAAUGAUUAUUUGAAUCUACAGUGGCUCCUUAAUGACUAGAGCAGACGUAACACCUCUAAACACAUAAAGCACACACACAGGCACACACGCACACACACGCGCACACACACAGGUACACACAGGCACACACAUAGAUACACACAGGCGCACACAUGGACACACACAGGUACACACACACAUGUAAUUGCACAUACUCUCUCUUUCCCUCUGAAAGAUAAUUUCAGGCCAUUUGCUGCGGAAAAAUAAAUGACAGGUGUGCAUUCCUUUCAGGUCACGUUUGUGCUUUUCCCAGUCAAGCUUUUCUUGGCAUCUGCUUCAGACGUAUCCGCUCUGAGAGGAAGAAAAUUAAUGUAGAAAGUCCAUGUACGCGGUCUGGAAAACCACAAACAGUGCGCUGGAGACAUAAGGGAAAUUAAAUGGGCAUCUGAAGACAGAAACUCUGUUGGAUGCUAACAGGGUAAGAAAAGUGAUUUUGCUUAAAAGUAAUAAAGGCACUGUUGACCUCUGGGGUUAUUUUCUGUUAUUUAUUUGGAAAAUGGUUAUUUAGCACUUUAUAGUCUUUAACAAUUUGCAUUACAUUCGUCUCUCUUUUGCUGGGGGUGACUUACCAAUUGAGCAAAGGGGUUUUCUUUUUAUUUUCCCCAAGGGAAUGGUAUCAUAUCUCUGGAGAGGUAGGGAUGAAAGAAGUUAGAAGAAGUUGCCCUAUGGGGCAUAUUUAAUGGCACAAAGACCUACGAACAGCAAAAAUGGUGAGGCUUCCUAUCCCAAGCACCAUUCUGAUUGAUUUAUAAUGGAAUUGUGAAAAAAGGCGUAUCCACCGUGUCAGCGCUAAUUAGCGAGAUGUUUGAUGUUAAGCGCUCCGUUUGAAGUACAAUGGCGGGAUUAACAGACACUUCCCGUAAUAGCGGCUUGGGCUGAGAGAGAUUGCGCUUAUUGCGUUAGCAGCGGAUCACUCAGUACUCCUCAGCUGUAACGCACCGGAUCUCUCUAACUGAUAAUACUGAUACAAGUGUGUAUAAAAGUGCCAUACAAUAAUGUCUAACUGUAUGAUUCGGGACUCCUGGUUGUGUAUUUGUGUACUUUAUAUUUAACUGAACUUCCAUGUACAAAUAAUGUGAUUAAUAAAAUAAAUGAACCUGCCUUUUGCAUCGCA